AUGGCUUCGUUCUCCAAUGUCCGCUGGCUCACCGCCACCCUCCUCCUCUUACUCCUCCUCCUGGCACCGUGCGCCACCCACCCGCAGCUCACACCGGCGUUCUAUGCCACGACGUGCCCGAAGUUGCCGGCCAUCGUUCUGUCCGUCGUGGAGAAGGCUCUCAAACGGAACCCCACCUUGGGCGCGGCCGUUCUCCGGCUCUUCUUCCAUGACUGCUUCGUCAAUGGGUGCGAUGGGUCGGUCCUCCUCGACGAUACGCCGGCGAUGGCGGGUGAGAAAAACGCCGUCGGGAAUGCCAACUCCCUCCGCGGCUUCGAGGUCAUCGACGCCAUCAAAUCCAAAGUGGAGGCUGCCUGCCGCUCCACCGUCUCCUGCGCCGACAUUCUCGCUCUCGCAUCUCGCGACGCCGUCACUCUGUUGGGAGGGCCGUCGUGGAGGGUUGUUCUGGGUCGCCGGGACGCGUUGACGGCGAGCCUUGCCGACGCGAACGCCAACCUCCCCCCGCCCUCCGACAGCCUCUCCAGCCUCAGGACCCGGUUCGCGGCGAAGGGGCUCAGCCUGCGCGACCUCACCGCGCUCUCCGGCGCCCACACGGUGGGCUCGGCGCGCUGCGCCAGCUUCCGGCCCCACGUGUACAACGACCCCGACGUGGACCCGAGGUACGCGGCGUUCAGACGACAUAUCUGCCCGCGGGUAGGCGGCGACGCGAGGAGGUUGCCGCUGGACGCGACGAGCCCCAACCGGUUCGACGUCAGCUACUACCGGGACCUGAUGGCCCGCCGGUCGCUGCUGCACUCCGACCAGGAGCUGUUCAACGGCGGGGCGGCGGACGGGCUGGUCAGGCAUUACAGCGCAAACGGCCAGGCCUUCUACAUGGAUUUCGCGGCGGCCAUGGUCAAGAUGGGGAACAUCAGCCCCUUGACCGGCGCCGCCGGAGAGAUCCGAACCCACUGCCGGAGGGCAAACUGAAAGACAUUAAUUACUAAUUACGUGUACGAAAUGCACUGGAUAGUGCACAAUCGCGCUACUAAUAAAUGCUUGCCAAGAGAGCAAUAUGAAUUAAGUUUGUGCUAUUUUAUUAAUUGUUCUUGAUGAAUGCU